AUGUCACAGACUCCAUUAGAUGAAUCUGAUUACGUGCAUUGCAGUCUAGACUCGGGCUGGUCCGUAGGAGCCAAUGGUGACGACUUUGGGCGUAUCAUUUACGACACGAACAACUUUGACAUCCCGAGCCUAGCAUACCACGUUCACGACGAGGGACUUCUGUUGGUAGUCUACUUGGUGCCCGGCGCCUUCAUUGCCGACGAGGGGAAGACCAUACUGGACACCAACAUCAUGAUUGGCUCGAUUGAGCCAGUCGUACAGCAGUGGCACCCUUCCGUCGUGGAUCAAUUUGCGUCUGGGGGCGUCGACCUCAUUAAGCUCGACUUCGUCACCCCCGGUUCUCAUACCAACAACGCCAAUCUACCCGCCAAUUUGAGCGGCGAAGUUAUCGCCUACCACAACGCCAUCGCACAAUCCGGCCGGUCGAUCCGUCUAGACAUAUCUUGGAAGCUAGACCGGUCCCAAGCGUUUUUCGACAUCUGGGAGUCCAGCGCCGACUCGAUGCAGUCGGAUCAGGAUAUCUACAAUGCCGGGGAGUGUACCUUCGUCGCAUGGGACUUUUUACAGCGUGCGAUUGAAAACUACCUUUUUACCAUGGUGAUACAGUAUAAUCGCAUGUUGGCGAUAUACCUAGACAUGGAUAGCUUGUUUGUUGGGAACGAGGCCGAUUUCUCGGGGAUGACAGUUGCUGAGCGUCAGACUAUGAUGAGACACUGGGUCGGUGCUGCUGCCAACCUCAUUGUCGGCUCUGAUCUAACGCACCUCGAUGCCUUGGGUUUGGACGUGCUCACCAGGGCCGAUCAAAUCCAGGCGUGGGACGCUGGUCCUGACUCUUCUGUUUAUGCCGUGGCGGUCUUGGCUAACUAUGGUCCGGAUCAGGGUCAGGGCGGGUUCGGGACAGUGUUUGAGGGUGCGCAGACUGUUACUGUGUCUUCGGACGACCUUGAUAUUACUGGCACGGAUUUAAGGUCGCCGAGCGAGGGAUUUAGUAUAGAACUUGAAGAGGCAGAGAGUGUUUUAUACCGUUUGACUCCGGCGUAG